CCGCUGCGGUUCGACGCUGUGCGCGCCUCUUCCCGCAGAUCCCCGGCAGACGGAGGAGGCCGCGGCACCGAUGGGCAUUUUCGAGGCGGCGAACCGGGAGUUUGAGAGCUCCGAGUCAGGAAGUGACAUCACAGACACUCCAGAUGAACUUCCUAUGCAAAAUGGAGAAGGAAUGUUUCCAGGUGAUCCAGCGUCUGGCCUGAAAACUGGACUGGGGAACUGUGUUCUCCCUGCUGCUCAAGGAGAAAAUAAACGAACAAAUGCUUGCCCUGAUUCCAGCAAGGCUGAAGAAGCAGCACAGAUUAUUCAGCACUUCAUGGAGGAGUUCCAUAUGGACCUGCUCACUGUUACACAGGCCUUUCUGAAAAACAGUGGUGAAGUGGAGGCUACUUCAUACUAUUUGCAUGCAGGGCAGCGCCUAGAUGGGUACCCUGUGUGGAGCAGAGAGGAUGACUUAGAAUUGCAGAAGGAUGAUGAAGAUGUCAGAAGUAAAUUGAUAGCAAAAUUUGGAGCUGAAAAUGUAGCAAGGCGAGUAGCGUUUAGGAAAAGUUAAAUAGCAAAGCAGAGUGAAAUGACUGAUCUAGGGCUUUGGCAAUAAUUUGCUUGUUUUUUUGUCACUUCAGAAUAGUACUCAGAAUUUUCCAUCACACUUGCAUUUCUAAAAGUUUCAGAAAUGCUUUAAAAUAAAGCUUACAAAAGGUUGUUGUACCGUGUUCAGAAUACUGAAGUGAAAAUGGUGGAGAGGUCCUAUCUGGUAUCAAGUUUUCUCACUGCAAAUUUGGUUUAAAACUGUAUAUCUACUAUAUUUUUCUUGACAGUCUGACCUGUACUUUGCUGUACACAAAGGAUUUUGAAUGGGGUUGGCUAAAUCUUACUCGGUUCUCUAACUAAAGCUUUAUUAGUAUGCUGUCUGUUACAUGUGUCAUUUAAGAGUGCUGCAGGCAGUCAUCUAAACCUGCUCUGCUGGCUAUUUUCAUUAUCUUUUUGUUGUUGUUAAUAGACCUUGAUUAGUUGCUGACGUGGCAAAGAUACCACUGAAAGUUUAGCGGCCCAAAAAGAGGGUCAAAAGCAUUCAUCAAGAAGACUUAUUUGAGGCACUUGGUCUAAUGAAUCAAUGCUGAGAUUGGGAAUGGCCAAAAGUGUUCUCUGGGACGUUGUAGUAAUCAGUAUUGUAUUACAGUGAUUUCUCAAGCCAGCAGGCAGUCACUGGUGUUUUUAUUACCACUUUAAUAUGUGUUCUCCAGUGCUAAUACUGCAGGAUUUGCUUAAUAACAUUACAUGUGUCAUCUGGCACGUUAUGAUUUCAAAAAACACGAUUAGCUCUUCCCUGGCUACAGGUUGAAGAGUCCCAAACUCCUCAAUCUAGGUGAAGUAACCUAGCAUUCAUCUCAGACUUGAAGUAAAAAAUGUGCUCAAAGAAUCAGCUGUGUUGUGUUUGAAGGAGUGAGAAAAUAAUUUCUAGUAUAUGGUCACAAUCUAAAAAACUCAGUUAUUUCAACCUGAAAUUGUGCCCUGGACUCUUCUGAAAUGUUAUUUGAACAAUCAGUCAAAGCAACAGCUUGUCACUAGUUGUUUAUAACUCCUGUAAGUCUGGAAUUCAGUCAUCCUUUUGAUGAAGUAAAAUGGGCUUAUAAAAGAGGAGAUUGAUAUUUUUCUACUAUUGCUGUUAUAUAUUUGUAACAGUUAUAUUUGCUGUUUUUGCUUAUUGCACUGUAGUACACUUUUUUGGAAUUUGGAAAUUGCCAAGUCUAAGCUGAAUUCCACAUUAUCUUGAAAGUCAGUGGUAACUUCGUGCACUGAGACAUCUGCUUCAGAAAAUGGAUGUCUUGAAUCACCAACUGACUGCCUUGUAGUAUUGACAAAUGCUAACAAAAUAAAUGCCAGAACUUUAACACUG